AUGACGGAGGUUACCGGUUCCAAAGUUGUGCUUGGCUCUACCGAGACUCUGGAAGCGUUUCAAAACUCAAUGAAAUCUUGCACCGGAUUUACCUUCAUUGAUGUAGCGACCAUCACUGACCAAAAGUUCGACGCCGCACCACCGCGGCUUUUGCCGUCCGUCGAGAUAUCUAAAGAUGAUGUUGCCUACAUUCUCUUCACAAGUGGCUCCACGGGAAAGCCCAAAGGUGUCCAAAUUACGCAUGACGCAGCAAUAUGCUCCGUCGCGGCACAGAUCGCAGUCGCAUCGCACUCAUUCGAAUCAGGGCCAUCCAACACCCGCUGGUUCCAGAUGGUAGCCCCAGCGUUUGACAUGUCUGUCACAGAGGUCUUUGCGACCUUGUCCCUCGGAGGUACAUUGUGCUCGUGCGACAGAAAUAUGAUGUUGACAGAUGCAGAGUCAGCAAUCAAUGAGCUGAAUGCGAACGUCACCUUGACUACACCGAGUUUGGCUUCUCUGCUGCGACCUGAAAGGGUUCCUAGCCUUCGCGCGAUAUGGACCGGUGGCGAGAUGCUGAGGAAAGAGAUUGCCACCAACUUUGCUUUUGACGGUGAUCGAGUCAUCGAAAACGGCAACACAUAUUCAAUCAACGGCUACGGGCCGACCGAGACCACCAUCUUCUGCACGAUGGAUCCCAAGGUAUCAGUCAAGACCCGAGUGGCGCUUAUCGGCCCGCCACUGCCAACAUGUUCACUAGUCAUUCUGGACCUGGCCGAGGCAAAGACAGUCAUGCCCAUGGGUUUCGCGGGUGAGAUAGCCAUGGGCGGACCGCAUCUGAGCAUAGGAUAUCUCAAGGACCCCCAAAAGACUGCCGCCGCUUUUAUUGAACUUGAACCUUUCGGUAAGCUGUACCGAACGGGCGAUAAAGGAAGAGUCAUCGUCGGCCCAGAUGGUACCCCUCAGGUGGAAUUCCUGGCACGGUUAUCCUCUGAUCAGGUCAAGAUUUCGGGUAAGCGCGUCGAGCUCGGAGAAAUCGAAGACGGCUUGAAGAACCCUCUCGUCGCUGUUGCCGUGGUGGCGUUGAAGACUGGAGGUCCGGAUGAGAAACAAACUCAAUUGGUUGCCGUCGUCUCUCCCACCGGUACUCACAGCGACAAGGAAAUAAUCGAAAGUUGCAAAGAAAGAGCGCAAAACGUAUUGCAGCCACACAUGCGCCCGACACUAUACUACAUGAUCGACAAACUGCCUCGCUUACCCAGUGACAAGACGGAUCGAAAGACCCUCAGCCGACUUUGCGCAUCGCCAGAGAGCUCAGGAAUGAGACUAAUCAGCGACGAUAGCGCGCAAAGUUCAGCACUGGAUGAAGACACGGCUCCGCUGUCGAGCAUUGUCAUUGACGCCGUCUCCAGAGUCUCUGUCCUGGGAAAGGACAACAUUACAUCUGGAACUACCCUGUUGUCCCUUGGCAUCGAUAGUCUGCGUUCUGUGAGGCUUCUUCAAAUCUUCCGAGAAUCUGGCAUUGAGGGACUACAGGUCACCGACAUACUCACCUCCCGCAACCUCGGCGACCUCAACGUCAAAGCUGAACGACGGCUGGGACAGCCCGCGGCGGCAUCUGAAAGCUUAAACGCAGUAAACACUCUCGUCGAGAAUUUUGAACAACGGCACAGAGCCCAAUGCAUUGAGUCUUUGGGAUACGACAACCAAAGUGUGGUGUCUGUCCUGCCGGCAACCACCUCUCAGGCCGUCACUUUAGCCUCCUACCUCCUCACUGCCGAUGUGGACGGAGCGUCAGCAGUUCCGGGUCUGAAAGCUUACAUUCAGCACACUGUCUUCUAUGUGAAGCCGGAUUUGAUUGCUCAAGAUGUCAUUGAUGCUUGGGUCCGUGUCUUGUCUCGAUACGAUGUUAUGCGGACAGUCUUUGUCCCCGUUGACGACGAUCUUACGCCAUUUGCGCAAUGCAUCUUGUCGCCUGAACAUGAUGCAGCUAUAGUCAAACCUCACCUGUACUAUGUAGAUGGCGAGGACGACAUCCAAAAUUCUAUUACAACGGCCCAAGAUGCGGCUAACAAGGCCAUUACGCUGCAAGAACCGCCUCGACGUCUGUCAGUCCUUCAAACGCCAAGCCGAGCAAUCGUCAUAUUCAGCAUUCUACACUCUAUCUUUGAUGGUGGCUCAGAAGCUGUGCUUUGGGAGGACGUCGAGAGGGAAUGCCUCGGUCAACCAGUAACGGAGAGGACUGGGAUUUCCACCGCGGUCGGUCGACAUUUUUCCCAAGAUAGGGAAGGGGCAUACAAGUACUGGGCGUCGUACAUGGAUGGCCUCACCUCACCACCUUUUCCAUGUCUUCGAAGCACCAUUCCUGGAAGUGCAGAGCUUGGCUGUGGUGGUUUCAGCUUCGUCUCCGAAUUACUGCUGAGCACUGUGACGAGUAAAGCUGCGGCUUUGCAGGUGUCGCCUCUGUCAGUUUUUCAGGCAGCUUGGGCAUACGUGUUGCUCACCUAUACUGGUGAACGUGAUAUUGCAUUUGGCAAUGUUGUCUCGGAUCGCUUCACCGACGACCUGGCCAACUGUUCUGCCCCAGUCCUCACAGUUCACCCCGUCCGAGUGUCCAUGGACGAUGCCAACAAGAAGAAAAAUAUUGACGUCUUCUUGGAAGCAACAAAGCAAAAUGCGGCUGGUCUUUCGCACCUUCACACACCCAUCACAGGAGCGCGAUACGACACUACGCUUGCUCUCCAGAUGUACCUCAACACGGGCAAAGGCGCAAGCUUAUACGACAAGGUCGAGCAUCCUGGCAUGCAAAAUGAUCAGGCCGUCAUGAUUGAGGUCUACCCACAUGCAUCUGGUGUAUUAGAGUUCAGAACAACCUACCAGUAUGCGCUGCUCGACAAUGCGACAGCCUGCUCGAUGCUGCAGGAUCUUGCAACGGUCACUGAGAACAUCAUUUCAAAUCCCGAAAGUCUAUUUUUGGAUCCCACCAUUGGUAGCCCACAGCAAAUUGUUGACGUCCGCCCGCAAGUAAAAGAGCAAGCGCACCUUGGCAGACAACUCUUGCACGACGGUCCCAAAGUUCAACUCACAUACGCAGAGUUAGAUACAAGGUCCGACAUUGUCUCGUCGUUUUUGUCAAGUCGCUUGGGGAAGCAUGGCGGCAAAUAUGUCGUUCCAAUUUGUAUGGAGAAAUGCCCGGAGCUGUACAUUGCCAUCUUGGGUGUCUUGAAGGCCGGCGCUUCGUGGUGUCCCAUUGAUCCAAGCUACCCUGCCUUGCGCCAACGCCUGCUUAUCGAGAAGGCAAACACGGAAACUAUCCUUGCAAGCGAAGCCACAACUUCACAGUUGUCUGGUAUGCUUCAGGCCCCAUUCGAGGCCGUCAACGUCGCGGAUCUGAUCGCGCGGGGUAAUCAAUCCAACGGGCAUCCGUCUGAGCUCCAAGCUUCCUCCACUUUAAGCGCGCGUCCAAUUUCGGAGUCAGACAUUGCCUAUGUUAUUUUCACGAGCGGCACGACGGGUACACCAAAGGGUGUACCGAUCUCACACAAGGCAGCAAGCGUAUCCAUCGACUCAUUCAUCGAGCGCAUCAACGCCGGCAUCGAAUUGACUGGUGAUGAUGUUCAAUACCUGCAAUUCGCACAGUACACGUUUGAUGUAUUUGUCAGAGAUGUUUUUGCGGCGUGGAAGCUCGGCGGGACACUUGUUUCUGCUUCUCGAGACAUCCUUCUUGGGUCGUUCACUGCAUUGGCCAAUAAAGUACAUGCGACGCAUGCGUCAAUGACGCCGACCUUUGCAAGCACUUUGGAGCCUGAGGACUUGAAUACCUUGCGAGUGGUAACCAUGGGAGGCGAGAAAUUACCCCAGUCUCUCGCCGACAGGUGGUUGACGUGUGUGUCCCUUUGCAAUGUGUAUGGGCCGGCAGAAACGGCGAUUAAUUCUACCAUCAACAAUUUGCAACCCAACUCGCGAAGCGGGAACAUCGGUACGGCCCUUCCAGCCGUCGAUGCGUGUGUCAUGGUGUCUGGAUACCCGGUGAUGAGACACGGCCUUGGAGAGCUGGUCAUUGCCGGUGCACAGCUUUCACCUGGGUACUGGGACAGCGAGAACGGCAACGACAAGAAAUUCAGAUGGAACGAGUUCUUGAAGUGUCGUGUAUAUCAUACCGGAGAUUAUGUUCGCCAACUCCUCGAUGGAACUUUUGACUUUGUUGGAAGAAAAGAUGACCUGGUCAAGAUUCGGGGCAUGCGUGUCGAGAUGGGCGAGAUUUCGACUGUGUGUUCCGCGGCCCACGAGUCUGUUGUUCACGCAGAAGUAAUACUCACUCAGCUUCCUAGCUCGACAGGCGACGUUCUGGUCUGCUUCAUUGACUGCGGAAAGCAAGACUCUUCGCAAAAUGAAACCUCCUAUAUACUAGAGACGGAAGAGGCCCAAAGCAUAGCACAAUCGGUCAAGAGACAUGCCAGGACUCAGCUUCCACAACAUAUGAUUCCAGAUAUCUUUAUCCCAUUGAGAACGAUACCGCGUAAUCAAUCCGCUAAAGUCAAUCGCAAACAGUUACUCACGAUCCUUGCCACCGAGUGGUCAGCGGAGCCAACAUCGCAGGCGGAUGCUGAAGAGGUGGAUUCCGAAUGGUACAGCCAACACCAGCCCAUCCUCGACUCGAUUCGAAGCGUCGCCAAGAUCUUUUCAUCUUCUCUAUCAAAAACAACAACGCUUGCUGAGAUUGGCGUUGAUUCAAUCGGGGCAAUCAGGCUGAGCUCAAAGUUGAAGAAUGUCGGGCACACCAUCUCUGCAGUUCAAGUGUUGGACAGUGCAACGAUUGAUGAUUUGAUCGGCCACCUGUCUGUCAAGAGCCAGCCCAACCAAGACUGGGAACCAUUCUUCAAUGAACAACUAGAAAGUUGGAGGCCGCUCGUCGCGAAUUACUUAGACAAGGACCCGAGUCAACUUUAUACGCUUCCGACUACCGUCUUCCAAGACGGAAUGCUAGUAGAGACGCUUAAGAGCCCUACCCUCUAUUGGGGUAGCUUCGCCUGGAAUGUUCCUCCUACCGCUGAUAUUGAGCAAGUUCGCGCAGCCUGGGAGCGCGUUUGCAAGUCCCACGACAUUUUAAGACUAAGUCUUCUUCCCACAGCGCUCCUGGAGCAGCAAGAGCAUGCAAAGCGCCCUGAGUCGUCGACCAUGUUUCUCCAGGUAAUUCACAACGAAGUUGCAGUAAGCUGGGAAGAAUCAACUGCAGAGUUCGAUGAUUUGCAGCUAUCGAUCAAAGCGAUCCGGGACAAAUUCGCAGCUGCGCAGCACAACAAGACCUUUUCUUCUCCCCUUUGGCAGGUUAAUAUUCUUUCACACCAGGAUCGCAAAGUGAUGGUUUUAACAAUUCAUCAUUCUCUGUACGAUGGAGAUAUGAUAAACCAUCUAAUGAACGACGUUGCCGCCGCGUACACCUCCGGCAAGGCCCUUGGCGAACGCUGUCAGGCGGCAGAGGCGCUUAGCAGGCUGAUAUUGCGAACUGACAAGUCGGCUGCCGCAAAAUUUUGGCACGACUGUCUGGGCCCCUUUGCGCAGCCAGAAGAUCUCGACGACGCCGAGUCCAGCAGUGUGGAAGCAGCUCCGAAGCAGAUCCGGCAUCGUACCACUGAAAUGAAAUCGACGAAUCUGACCUCCAAGCUCGCUGCAUUGGCGCGACGAUUAGGAGCAACAUCCCUAGGCCCUCUCUUCCGUGUUGCCUUUGGAUCUAUGCUUGUCGAGCACCGCGAGUCUGAGAGCGUCCUAUUCGGUGAAGUGCGUUCUGAGAGGCUGAUGAAUUCGCGCCUCGUAGAUGCCAUGGCUCCAUUGUCGGCAACAUAUCCCGUUCCAUUUAAACCUGGCGGCAGCCUGAAGGAGUUGGUCCUGAAACAACAGAGCCUGGUAAUGGAAGGCAUCCGACAUGGGCCUCCCGAGUCUACUCAAGUGCGCAAGACUCUGCGUAGAGGUCAAAAAGAGGCUCUCUACCCAGCCAUCUUCGUCCUACAUCCCCACAACCAAGAUGGCCGCGGUAGCUCUGCACCCUGGCGCGAAAUCAAAGAUGUCUUGGAUCCUGUGGUGGACCACGAAUUCGCUCUCAAUGUGUUCGAGAACGGCGAUGACACCAUCACCCUUUCCCUGUCUGUCGAUGAGACGCUGAUGACCUCGGACCUACAGAAGCUUUUCCUGCAGCAGCUCGACGCAUUGGUCAUUGCCUUUGAAGCCGCCACCCCGGAUACAAGCUUGAACCAGCUCACAGAGCAAUUUCCUUCCAGUCUCCUUUCGAUUUGCUCUUCAAAGGUCGUGGCUCAGUACCCACCCAUUGUUGGGCCCGUAUCCUACGUUGAGACAUGGGCUAAGCAGCAUCCAGACUGGAAGGCGGUCGAGGUCGCUACGCACUUCUUGGACGAUGGCAGAAUUCUCACCGAGUUCUGGAACUACGAGCAAUUCAACCAGGUUGCUAACCAAAUCGCAAAUCUCAUCAUCAGCUUCGACAUUGCCGGUCGAGCUGUCGGCGUCUCUCUGGAUCGUUCUCUGAUCGCGUUCGCCGUAAUCAUUGGCAUCCUGAAAUCCGGGUGCACAUAUGUUCCUAUCGAAAUGUCACUGCCUGCGGAUCGCAAGUCGUUCCUGCUCAAAGACAGCAGCGCCGCCCUGGCGUUCGUCUGUGACGACACUUUCGACGAAGUGGAACUGCCGGUGGACACGCUUCUGCUCGACGUAAAAGACAAAUCCUUCCUGGAAGAUGUGGCUACUAGAGACACUUCAAACAUUCCCGAUACUCACCCGGCAGAUCGCGAUGCUUACCUGCUAUACACAUCUGGCUCCACAGGUGCCCCAAAGGGCGUUCGAGUCAGCAGGCAGAACUUGAGCUCCUUCAGCAGCUCAUGGGGAGAGUUUAUCGGCGAUGUGUGCCCCAAGUCUCUGGAGCUUGGAGGUGUUGGUAAAUUCCUCAAUUUGGCCAGCAGGGCGUUUGAUGUCCACAUCGGAGAGAUGUUUCUAGCGUGGCGGUUCGGCCUCUGCGCGGUCACUGGCGAACGCUUGUCAAUGCUUGAUGAUCUUCCGCGAACAUUGAAGGAGCUGAACGUGACGCAUACGGGCAUCGUUCCGUCUCUUUUAGAUCAAACUGGCUUGCUUCCUGAGGACACUCCGCAUCUUGUCUAUCUCGCGGUCGGAGGAGAAAAGAUGACACCCAAGACGCAACAGAUCUGGGCGUCGUCGGCAAACGUUUCUCUGGUGAAUGCCUACGGACCAACAGAAGUCACGGUCGGUUGCACUGCGGCGCUCAUUUUACCAAACUCCGACACCCGCUGUAUUGGUAAUCCUUUGGGCGAUAGUGUCGCUCAUGUCCUGGUUCCUGGAGCAGAUACUCAUGUCAAAAAGGGCAUGGCGGGCGAGCUUGUUUUCGAAGGAAGCUUGGUGGCCAACGGAUACUUGAACCGGCCCGAAGCCAAGGGGUUCUGUGAGAUCAAUGGCAAGAGAAUGUACAGGACUGGCGAUAUUGUGCGAAUGGAUGCUGACAACUCGAUUCUUUUCCUCGGGCGGAAGGACGAACAAGUCAAGGUCCGUGGACAGAGAUUGGAGCUUGGCGAGGUAUCGGAAGUUGUGCGCUCCUUAUCUUCGACAGAAAGCGAUGUCGUCACGCUUCUUCUCAAGCACCCCGGCACUUCCAAACAGUUUCUGGUGUCCUUUUUGGCCCCUCUUGGGGCUCCUCAAAGUGAAAAGCUUCAGUGGGCCCAAGAGAAUCGACAGGACAGCCUCCAAGAGGCUUGUAGUCAGACGCUGCCAGCCUACAUGGUCCCCGACUUUAUCAUUCCCGUGACGAUGAUCCCUCUGAGGGACACUUCGGCAAAGACAGACGCCAAAACUCUGGAGCAAUUAUUCCGCUCUAUUUCACUCGGUGAGCUGUUUGGAGAUACUUCCGCAGAAACAGACACCGAAAGACAACUGCCAUCGAGAGACUUGACUCUGGCGGAAAGGGACAUGUUAUCGGUAAUUGAAAGUGUCGUGCCGCGUGACGAGGGCCGUCCCGUUGGGCCAGCAAGCACUUUGUUCCAGCUUGGGUUUGACAGUGUUUCCGCAGUCAAGCUUUCAUUCACUUUCAGAAGACUUGGAUACAACCUACCCGUGGCUCGGCUGCUACAGAACCCGACCGUCGAGGACUUGUGCCGCAUGAGCUACGAAGCAAAGUCUGCUCACGGUGACGCACCAAUCAGCUCCAAGACAAUAAAUGAGCAUUUCGGAGACCUUGAAAGACGAGCCAGGAAGCUUUUACAAAUUCAGGGUAUAACGCACAUCGAGUCAGUCCGACCGUGCAUGCCGCUACAAGAGAUACUCGUGGCGCAUACAAUGACCCACGAGUCUGAAGCUGAGAAUGAGUAUGUGUCUCAUAUGGUAUUUGAGCUGGGGCCGAGGAUAUCGAUUGAAAGCGUCAAGGCGGCGUGGAUUCCCGUUAUUAGGAACAAUGAGUUACUCCGAACUUGCUUCUCCAGACUAGGAGACGACAUUGUUCAGCUCGUUCUCGAAGACGAAUAUUCUGAACCUCGCUGGAAACAUAUCUCGGGACGCCCAGGCGAGUUGGAAGCUCAACUAAACUCUUCCAAGAAAGAUUUGGCGAACGACAUUGUGGCCAACAUCGACAAGCUACCUCCCCUCAGGUUUACUACGGCCAUUAACGAUGCCGAAUCUACAGACAGGUCACCUCUUUUCAUGCUCUCGAUCCAUCAUUCGCUGUAUGAUGGAGCUUCUAUCAAGUUGAUCUUUGAAGACUUUGAGGCAGCUUACAAGGGCCAAGACUUGGUACAGAGACCAUCUGUUUUGCCUUUAUUGAAACAUAUCGCAGCCCAGCAGCACAACCACGGCGAUGCCAGAAAGUACUGGACAGACUUGUUCCGCGAGUACCAUCCUAGCACGGAUUCGACGGUUCCAAAAUCCAGGAGAAGUGCGACAAAAACUUUGAGCGCAAGUCUGGGCGGCCUAGAAGGACUGUGCUCCCAAAUCAAUACUACGUUGUCAGCUGUCAACCAAGGAGCAUUCGGGUACGUGUUGUCACAGAAACUGCAGCGUGACGAUUUGGUCUACGGCGUUGUCCUCUCGGGACGAUCUGUUGAAGUAGAAGGCAUCGAGUCAAUGGCCGCACCUUGCAUCUCGACAAUCCCUCAACGACUUCAUCUGGGCGCAGAUGGAAAGACGCUAUCUGAACUGGUCAAGACAACUCAAGACAGGCUGUACACGUCCAUGGGAUACCAAUAUACAUCUCUGCGAUCUUUGCAACGGUGGCUGGGGAUUUCGGGCUCGCUGUUCUCCAGUUUGUUUUCCUUUACGAGAACCGGGCCUCCCGGGAAUGCAGUCGAUGACGAACCGAGAGUCCUUCAACAGGUUGAAGGCGAAAUGUUCCUCGACUUUGAGUUGGCCCUUGAGUGCGAGGCAGACUCGGCUACUGACACGGUAACUUUGCGGGCAAGCUCGACCAUGUUUGAGACGGCCGAGGAAUUGACGAGCUUGCUUGACGAAAUGCAGAGCAUUGUGUCAGACCUUUUACACGGCCAAGACAAGCUUAUCAAGGUAUCGGAGAAUAGUCUGAAGAAGAAGGUUGAAACCCAGCCUGAAGAUCACCAUUGGUCGCCGAUAGAGGAGCAGCUUCGAGAUAUUGUUGCGGAAUUCUCGGAUUGUACCCCAAUCGAGAUUAGCAGGACGGCGCCACUCAUCAAGUACGAUAUUGAUUCGAUUACGACCAUUCGAUUCUCAAAGAUGCUCCGCCAAACUGGGUUCCAAGUUUCCGGUGCCGACGUGCUCAGGAAUCCAAGCAUAGCCAAGCUAGCGGCGCAUAUUGAACACAAGCAUAACACGAGUGGCGCAGCUUCUGGACUGGCCACUCAAGGGUCGGUCGGCAAGUCUGUCGAUACUCCCAUCGAGAAAUACUGGUCCAAAGAUAUGAUUUCUGGCUCUACAACAGAAUCACUGAAUGAUGUCGUUGCCGUAUACCCGUUGACACCACUCCAAGCCGGCAUGGUUACAGCCACUGUCAUGAUGGACCCGUCGCUGUAUUCCCACCACCAUGUGGUUGAGCUGCCACAAGGCAUCGACAACGCCAAAGCGAAAGCAGCGUGGUUCAGCCUCGUCGCCAAACACGACAUUCUGAGAACUUCCUUCCACGAGACCAAAGGGCCACGUGCGCAGCUUGUCGGCGCAGUGCAUCAGAACCCAGUCCCGAAUUGGAGCGAAGUUGAAGUUGCAGAUUCUGUACAAGCAGCCAUUGACAACGUGACUGGGCGCACGAGAUUCGUCAAUAUUGCAUCGUUCGAGAGACCUCCCGUUGGCGCAACAGUCGUUCGUGGCCCGCAACACGCCGUGCUCGUUGUUUCUCUGCAUCACGCUACCUAUGACGGAGUCUCAAUUGGCUUCAUUUUUAACGACCUCUGGGCGCUCAUGCACGACUCCGACGUCCCCGAGCGCAAGCCGUUUUAUGAGUUCGCAACGGCGAUACAAGCGGCAGCGUCGGAAUCCGCAUCGUUCUGGGUCGACAGCCUGGCGGGCUAUCAUGGCGUGGCAGCUUCCGAGCCAAGCCAAAAUAAAAUUACUGCCCGCACUGUCGAGCUGACUCAGGACGUGUCUCUGUUGGAGAAAUGGUGUGCUGAGGAAGGGGUGACCGUCCAGACUAUCUGCCAAUUGGCGGUCGGCAAGGCCAUCGGCGCGCACACCAAGUCCAGAGAUGUUGUCAUGGGUCAAGUUCAUGCUGCGAGACUUGUCCUGCCGGGCGCAGAUGAGGUGGCUGGCCCGAUGCUCAACACAGUGCCUCUGAGAAUCUGUUUGAAGGAAGGGUCAUUCAGCAACAGCCGCUACUUGCGUGACUUGCAAGCGUUGCAGAAUGAUGCCUUGGAGCAUGUGCAUGCCUCGCUGUCCGAUAUUCAACAGCUGUGGAGACAGACUGAUGCUCACAACGAGCAGCUAUUCGAAGUUCUUUUCGUCUUCCGAAGAGGCGAGGACUCGGAGGAGCCGAAAUGGCCUGCAUCACCUGAGCAGCCUGAAGGAGAGCAGAAGGCUCUUCCUCCGUCCCAAUACGACUUGGUUGUUGAGAUUCACCAGAACGGGGAUGACACUCUCCAGCUCCAAGUCUACUCCAAGCUCUCAGAAGAAAUCACGGAUGAUGUAGUACGGCUACUUGUCGAAAGCUACGAGAGUGUCCAAAAGCGCGCUGAUGAACGCGCCAUUGCUUCUCCGGGUCUACUCGCCGAACUGCCAGCACCUGGGCUUGCAACGGCGAACGAGGCGACACCUGCUGCGUACAAUUUGGACGCCACCGAACGCUACCUGAGCUCUCUGAUCAAAAUACUGUCGGAGACCACAGACAACUCGUCUGAGAAGAUGGAUGCGCACACCAGCAUCUUCUCCCUCGGUGUCGACUCCAUCGUGGCGAUCCGUGUGGCUGGCGCGUGCAGGCGAGCCCAGAUUCCACUGACAACCAUGGACAUUCUGCGCAAUGCAAAGCUAGGCAAGCUUUGCGAAGUGGCCCUUGCGAAAGCAACCAGGCAGGACUCGGCGCGCGAAACGCCAGCUGGCGCCGAGGUCACAGUCUCGUCGGUCGACCGAGAGAUCAGACAGCAAGCCCUCUCCAAGCUAGGCAAAAAACCCGAGGAUGUGCAAGACGUAUUGCCGGUACUGGCUGGUCAAGAAUUCCACUUGGCGCUCUGGCUGCGCUCUGGAAAGACAUUGUAUGAACCAACAUGGGUUUUCAGGACGACAAGCGAACUGCAAGUGGACCGCCUACGGAGCGCUUGGGUGUCUCUCAUACAAAGAAACGAUUCCCUGCGGACCUGCUUUGCUCAAGUCAAGCCUACAGUCGCCGUCCAGGUCAUCUUGAGACCGAACGCCGCACAGGCAGCUGAGUCCUUCACGGUGCUGCAGGUGCCAGAGUCCAGCGACCUGGAGACCUUUGUCAAGGCGGAGAUUUCAAAGCUUUACCGGCGUCCGUCGUCGCUGUACGACCCCCCUGUUCACCUUUGUCUUGUUCGCGGAGGCGCUCGCGGCGAUGCUGUGCUCAUGAGGAUGCACCAUACCGUGUACGACGCCUGGAGCGUUGGCAUUCUCGUCGACGAUCUGACCCGUCUCUACCGGGGCGAUGCGCAAGAAGCGCAGCCCGCGGCCUUGUCCUUUUCCAAGUUCGUUGAAACCACAUUGAAAGAUCUCCGAGCCAACAACGAGCAAGAAUUCUGGAAGAAAGCCCUGCAAGGCUGCGAACCUACCGUCUUGGAGCCGCGCACCGCGAUCAAAGAGGAUGCGCCUCGCCAAAGGAGGCCAUUUGUCGUGUUUGACUGCGACGAGACCAGCAAAGCCGCUCUCGAGGCUGCGGCUCGCGCAUACGGAGUCACUGUGCAGUGUCUGAUUGUCGUCGCCUUUGGACGAAUGCUGGCAGAUACCACGAACGCGCGCUGCUCUCCGGUAUUUGGCUACUACACGGCCGGACGAUCGUCUGAGAUGGAUGGCAUGGACCGUCUGGCUAGUCCCACCGUCAAUAUGCUGCCGAUCGGCGUACCCGAGAACCUCAUCAAGGAGCACGAGUCCGACAAAACGAGCGCCACAAGGGAAGCCCUACAGGGCAUGCAAGAAAAGAUGCACGCUCGCUCGGGCUACGAGCAAAGCCGUCUGCGGGACGUGAUGGAGUGGGCAGCGACGGCGACGGCCACCCAAGCCGCCGCCGCCGCCGGCUCACGUCUUUUCAACACGCACUUGAACAUUCUCUGGAAUGACGAAAUUAUGCUUAAGUCAUCCGGCGCGUCGCAGGGCGAUGCAAUCCUGCAGCCAUGGCCUCUGGGCGUGCCGUCAGACUAUGCUUCCGUGGAGCCCUUGACUGCGCAGAGUUCGGUCGAGGGACUCGACACAUCCGUGGUCACGACCGAAGCGGUAUACGCCGAUGUUGGCGUCAGCCCAGAGACUGGCAACGUGGCUGUUGGCAUUGGCGGUCACGCGAGCUUGCGUGAUGUGGAGGGGCUCAAGGACAUGGCGGGCAUCUUUGCAAAGCGCUUGGCAGAACUGGUUGAGAGGAGCAGCAGAGAGAUGGAAGUUUAA